AUGAUAAGAACUUCUUUGAAAUCAACUUCUGAUCAACCAACAGUCUUCUAUCAACGUGAACAGAGAAACCAAUCGAGAUGUCAAUGUUCCAUUUCACGAUUUGUUCGCAUUCAACUAUUAUUGCUUUUGGCUCUUCUCGUCUUGGCAGCGAUUAUAAUACCAAUUGUAGUUCUCGUCUAUGAUAAUCGAAAUUCCACACCACCAUGUUCGAUAACCUAUACAGGAACGUUUAUAUCUGGUGUAACACCCACAACUCAAUGUGAUGAUUGGAGAGCAUUUACAACAAUUGGUAUAAGCGUGACAGAUACAAGUGUUAUUACUCCACUUGCAAUUGCUUUGAGAUAUAAUACAACAAUACUUACAUCAUCAAAUGGAGUUAGUUGGAGAGCUGGAUCGUGUGGAUCUGGUUUUGAAUUAGCUGCGAAUGGAGCUUGUACUUGUUCAUCAAAUUAUGCAUUGAGACCGUGUCAGGGUAGUUCAAGUUGGGGUGGAAUUGCUAGUUCGUCAUGUGGUGCACAAACACAAACAAUUUCACUUCAUUUAGAAUGA